CUCUUGUAUAAUCUCUGUUGUCACGUCAAUGCAGUAGUGUGGGAAUAUUGAAUAUGCGGUCUAUCAAACAAGACCAUUUGUUUACUUUUGUGGAAAAUGGGUGCAAUUACUCAAAAUACCAGAAUCACUGAAAAAUAAGUAAUCUGCUUUUUGUGCCGCGUUGCUGUGUAGAGAUACUUCUUGUAAUGGCCAUUAUAUUUCAGAAGUGAUUUAUUAUGUGCGAGAUUUGAGGAUUAUUGGCAAUAAUAAAGCACAUUCAUCUGAUGUCCAACUCUCAGUCAGCUUUCAAAGACUGCUCAUGAUCUGAGUAAAAUGGCAGCCAUUUACCUGGUGGAUGUUGACAGUGUGCCAAUAUAUACCCGCUACUUUGAUAUCAGCUAUAUUCCUUCUACAGUGUUCUUCUUUAAUGGCCAACAUAUGAAAGUGGAUUAUGGGUCUCCAGACCAUACAAAGUUUGUUGGGUGUUUCAAAACCAAGCAAGACUUCAUAGAUUUAAUUGAAGUAAUAUUCCGUGGAGCAAUGCGUGGAAAGUUAAUAGUACACAGCCCUAUUGAUCCAAGAAACAUCCCAAAGUAUGACCUCCUUUAUCAUGGCAUCUGAAUGCACCAGCUGGCUGUUGAGCUUCACAAGUGUAUCAUGGAAACAACUUUGGUCAUUUGUAAUCAAAUACUCCUCAGACAACGAGGGACUUUGAAAUUUUUAAAAAAUACUUAUCUAGUUCAUGCAAUUAAUCAACAAAAGACUUCUUGGAAGAAAUCUGCAAACAGCACUUUCCAGAGCUUCUGCUCCACUAUUGUUUGGAAUUUCACAAUCCCAGAACUCCAGAUCUCUGCUGAUUAGAAAAGUUGCUGCCACAAGUUGGUCUUUGGAGAAAUGAUUGACGUACUCUGGUUAUUGAAUUUUUUUGUCAGCAACGUAUUUUCCUUAUUCUUGAAAAGUGAAAAAAACUACAUAUAGUUUUGGCAUAACAUGUGAAAUAAAACAGA